CGGAACACACGCUGCCUGUUGUUUACUUCCAGGAGCGAUGGAAGUGCAGCCUGGGAGCGGAGAAGAAGGGGGAGGGGGCCUCUGCUGGGAUUGUGAAAGCAGCUUUUCGGGACCUUGUUUACCGCUGGUUCUCCGCACUCCACACCACUUGAACGACGCGGAGAUGAUGUGUUUCCCCGCUCCUUCAAACGGACGUCGACGAAAAGACUAGGAUGCCUCAGCUCGGAAGCCUGUUGACCCAGUUUCACGUCAGCAGGGCCGGAGCACUGGAAAAGAGCCAGAAAACACUGCAGCAAACACCGCCUGAUUUUCUUCAACAUGUCAGGAAACUCACCGGGCUGAGACAGGACGACGUCUACUGCAAUCUUCGCGUUCCCGACCAGUUUCAGGCUGGGAAAGACGACAUUAACGUUGUUAUUCUCACGGGCCAAGGGAUCUUCUGCAUCGACGUAAAACUCUGCCGAGGUCUGGUGUCUGCCCACGAGCAAAAGUGGCACAUUCAAGUGAAGGAGAAGGAGCAGAACUUCACCAACACCUGCAUUGAGCAGAUUGAGGACCCCCUCAAAGCUAUCAUGACCAAGACGUCUCACCUCUGUGCCCAUUUGAGGAGGAGCGGCGUGUCUGUGCGCCAGAGCUCCUUCUUCCACAAAGUCGUCUUUCUCUCGCCCGAGUGCGAGCUGGACGAGGGGCUGCGGCAGAGGCCAGAGCUGGUGUCCCACGGCCAGAUAGACGACUUCCUGCGGUCUUUCAGGGAGGGCUACGUGGCCUGGAUGUCAGAUGCAGUGACCCCCUCCUGGCUGUCUGGUCACCUGUCCUACAGGCAGAUGGAUUCGGUGCGGCAGGUCCUGAAGAGGUCCGGCACCUGGGAUCUGAUGUGGCUUCACAACGGCGAGCAGCUGAAAGGCGACUACCACAGUUGCCAGUACAUCGCGCUGGACCGCCAGGAGACGGGGACACUGGAGUUCUCCAGGCUCAAGACACUAUGGGCCCUGUUAGGCCACGCCCCUCAGGUGACAGUUAAAAUGUACAAGCGCGGCAGCUCGGGCGGCUGGCUGGGCAAGUCGCCCAGCGCCAGCGCCACCAUCCCCUCGGACACCGCGGUCAUCUUCCGGGUGAGCGGCGAGGAGGCGGAGGCCAAAAUCCCGGCCUACACCAUCCACAGCAUCACGCUCAGCGUCUGAGAGGAUCGGACGGCUUCGCUUCGAACCAAAGGCCAGCUUUUUGUGGAGUGCCUUUUUUACCGCCUUGUUUGUACGCUUGUACCUGGUGGAAGUUGAUGAAUAUGUUACCUAAUACUCAGUGGUGGUGAUGUUUUUGUACACUAACAUAUUUAUUCAGCCUCAUUUAGUAACAUCAGGACUCGGGAUGGGUAUUGACUUCUGUGCUUCUAUUGGAACCGACCGAAUGAUGUCGGUAUUUUCAGAUAUCCAUUCACGAUAUUUCAAUACCUUUUGUCGCACGGAACCGGCUCAAACACUUGGCAGAGAAACAGGUGUGUUUGUAGUAUGCAUACCAUUUUGCCAUGACAACAAAGCAAGCAUGUCUGAUAGAAAGUAAGGCUCCACUCGCUUGAUGCUAAUUUACAUUGGAUAUAACAUAUACGUACUACGGAUUAGCAUUAGCAAUUUUACAUGGCAAUUUCAACACCUCCGGGUUUGGUAAUGACAACUACAACUGAGAUGUACAAUACAGGACAAAAGUUUGGACACACCUCAUUCAAUGUGUUUUUCUUUAUUUUCAUGACUAUUUAUAUUGUAGAUUGUCACUGAAGGCAUCAAAACUAUGAAUGAACAUGUGAACAAAAAAAGGUGAAAUAACUGAAAACAUGUUUUAUAUUCUAGUUUCUUCAAAAUAGCCACCGUUUGCUCUGAUUACUGCUUUGCACACACUUGGCAGUCUCGAUGAGCUUCAAGCACACCGGUGAAGUGAAAACCAUUUCCUCUUGAAGCUCAUCGAGAGAAUGCCAAGAGUGUGCGAAAAAGUAAUCAGAGCACAGGGUGGCUAUUUUGAAGAAACAAGAAUAUAAAACAUGUUUUCAGUUAUUUCCCCUUUUUUCGUUAAGUACAUUACUCCACAUGUGUUCAUUCAUAGUUUUGAUGCCUUCAGUGACAAUCUACAAUGUAAGUCGUCAUGAAAAUAAAGAAGGUGUGUCCAAACUUUUGGCCUCUACUGUACAUACUACGGAUUAGCAUUAGCAAUUUUGCAUGGCGGUUUCAACACCUCGUUUGGUAAUGACAACUACAACUGAGAAGUAUGUUAAAAAUCAAACAGCUGGCGUGUAACAAGUACAAUACUGACAGUAUAAACCAGGGGUCCCGCCAGCGUCCAAAUCCGGCCCGCGGGAAGCUUAAAAAAAACCAAAAUGUAUUUUAUUUAUUUUUAUUAUAAUUAUUUAAAAUCUGUCCUUUUUAAUCAAUUUUCUAUAGUUUGUUACUUUCACUGUCCACCAGACGCUCAGGCAAAUCAUAUUGUCUCGAAAUGCAUUUUUUCCAUCGAUAAUGUGACAUCAUACUCAUUUAUAUA